AUGCGUCCCCUGCAGCAUCCCCCUCCAUCUCCUCCGGCCGAUGCUGGCAUAUGGCUUCCGUGUUCCGGUCCCUGCGAGCGUCAGGACGUACGGGGGACGGAAUGGCGGCAAAUUUAAAAAUUUUUAGAAACUGUCAUUUUCUUAGAAAUGAUGUAUCAAACCAUUUCACAUACAUUUUAUCCCUACUGCUUUGUCCUGUGCCCUGCCUGCAUUUUGACUGUUCUUUCUGCCUGGAAACUUAGAAAAGUCCAUGGCGUCCAAAAAGCGUCCCUUUUGGUCAAAAGUGGUUUUAGACUGGCUAGAGAACAGCGAUAGUAAAUCAUAACCACUUGCAGAAUUGA